ACAGUCAAGGUCUACAACCUGACCUCCAACACCUUCUACAACCCCAACAAAGAAGACGUUGACUCACACAGAUACAGCUAUCUAGGUAUGUUUACUUUGGUUGAUUUCAUCGAUUAAUCACUCACGUAAUCGAUCAAUCUGUCUGUCGGUCGGAUAUUCAGUCAGUUGAUUAAUUAAUCAAUCAAUCAAUCAAUUAAUAGCCCAAUCAAUUCAUAAAUCAUCAAUCAAUGAAAUGUAUUCACAAAGCCCUUUUUAAAUUACAGUACACUUUACACUACACUAACCUGGUCUAGACCCUCAAAGAGCACGAGUAAAAGAGUUGACCACCUGUAUCUAAUUUCUUUGAUUGUAUUGGCAACUCUGACUGAUUCUGUCUGUCUCUCUAGGCUAUGCUGUGACUAACCACUAUUUCAUGUAAAGUCUGACUUUCUGUCUCUCUAGGCUAUGCUGUGACUAACCACUAUUUCAUGUAAAGUCUGACUUUCUGUCUCUCUAGGCUAUGCUGUGACUAACCACUAUUUCAUGUAAAGUCUGACUUUCUGUCUCUCUAGGCUAUGCUGUGACUAACCACUAUUUCAUGUAAAGUCUGACUUUCUGUCUCUCUAGGCUAUGCUGUGACUAACCACUAUUUCAUGUAAAGUCUGACUGUUUCUGUCUCUCUAGGCUAUGCUGUGACUAACCACUAUUUCAUGUAAAGUCUGACUGUUUCUGUCUCUCUAGGCUAUGCUGUGACUAACCACUAUUUCAUGUAAAGUCUAAAUGUUUCUCUCUGUCUCUCUGGGCUAUGCUGUGACUAACCACUAUUUCAUGUGAAGUCUGACUGUAUCUGUCUCUCUGUAUCCCUAGGCUAUGCUGUGACUGCUGGACACUUCUCCUCUCCUAACUUCAUAGAUGUGGCUGCAGGAGCUCCACAACACAGUGGAGGGGGAAAAGUAUGUGCUGGAUUUGAUUGGUUGUUUUAGAAGGAGUGUCAUAUCUUUGUAUUUAAUAUUAUAACAUUGAUAUGUUUACACUGUAUUUGAACACUGAUUUGUUAACACUGUAUUUUAACACUGAUUUGUUAACACUGUAUUUUAACACUGAUUUGUUAACACUGUAUUUUAACACUGAUUUGUUAACACUGUAUUUUAACACUGAUUUGUUAACACUGAAUUUUAACACUGUAUCCUCCUCUCCCUCCAGGUUUACAUUUUCAGAAUCGAUGGUGGGUCUUUGGUGAAGAUCUUUCAAGCCUCAGGGAAAAUGGUAUGUGUCUGAAAUAUAAAUCACAGCUAUCUACUAUGCUGUUUGACCAUUACUACAUAACAGUGACAUGUUGUUUCUUUAGUGUGUCAGUAGUAAUCACUGUUCACUUCUACCAUCUGUUAGUAUUCUUUGUUAUUAGAAAUAACAUAGGCCUACACUUCAGUGAUAAUGGACACAUGCCAUUCCUGGACACAUGCCUAGUCCUGUGAUAAAAAGCAUGCUCAAUGGAGAGUCUCUAGACUUAAUCAGGGUCUGGGAAACCAGGCCCCAUGUGUUGUAGAGUACACAUACUGUAGCUGGUGCAGGUGAAGCAUGGCAGUCUGUUAGUUAAUGGUUUUCUCAGAAGCACCACACUGUUUAUGUUGUGUAUGUAAAGUGUUUAGAGAGCUCUAGACUUGCAUCCCAAAUUGCACCCAUUGGGCUCUGGUCAAAAGUAGUACACUAUGUAGGGAUAGGGGUGCCAUUUGGGACACAUCCCUAGUCUGGCCAGGAACCAGACAGCUAGGGAGGGUAAUUCACAUGGUAAGAGUAAAUAACAAGUCAAUCUUUGUAGAUAAAGACCUAAGUUUUGUAAAUAUUCCUUUAAUAUUGGUAGAGAUAUGAAAUGGAAAAUAAAUCCAGUCAGAUUGUGGAGGGAGAGAAUGAUGAAAGUAUAAAGGAAGUGCCUGUCUGUCUUGAGGGCAUGGGCAAAAGCAGACCUCAUUGGCAAUGAGUAGAGUAGAACAGAAUAUAAUACAAUAUUAUAGGACAGAAUAGGAUAGAGCGGAGCGGAACAGAACAGAAUGAAAAUAAUAGAAUAGAAUAGGAGAUCAUAUUUUUCCUAUAGGGAACUUAAUAAUAAUAAUAAUAAUAAUAAUAAUAAUAAUAUGCCAUUUAGCAGACGCUUUUAUCCAAAGUGACUUACAGUCAAACUUCAGUUGUGGCUAAUAAUUAAGAGAAUAAAUACACACACACAAUUUGCAUGACAGAUACAUUAUACUAGAUCAACAUCAAUAAUAAUGUUUCAAUGAAAAGACUGCUCUGACCAGUGGUUUGUCUGACUGUGUGGCUCUGUGGCUGUGCUUGGUUCCAGAUGCAGGGCUCUUAUUUUGGCUCCUAAUUGUGUGAAUAGAAUACAUGUCUAACUUUAUACACAAGAUGAAUACAACGUUACGUAUUUUCACUGAUGUGAUGUCUGACCCAAUGCUACCUGUCUGUGUGGCUCUGUGGCUGUGCUUGGUUAUUUUCCAGAUGGGCUCUUACUUUGGCUCCUCAUUGUGUGCAGUUGACCUGAACCGGGACGGCCUGUCGGACCUGCUGGUUGGAGCGCCCAUGCACAGCACGCUACGGGACGAGGGACAGGUCUCUGUCUACCUCAGCAAGGGCAAUGUGAGUGGGAUGAGUGGGAUCUGGGUUAGAUGGGAAUAGAGUUGGAAAUUAUGUGAACUUUCUGAAAUGUCCCAGAUUUUCCAGAAGUGGGAUUUCUGAAAAACAUUGGAAAUGUACAGUAUAUUCUAGCCCUCCAGUCAACCUGUGUCUAACCCACCAUAUAGAAACAUGGCUGCCUUUACAACCUGGUAUCAUAGACCAGAUGUAACAGUACACGUAAAUCCAGGACACUCAAAUUAGUAUGAUAUGUCACGUUUGGUAUGGUUACGUAAGACAGAUGGUUACUUAAGGCAAAAACAAAAGUAGGGUGGUUGGUCGGGGUGGAUGGGUUCAGUGUAUAUUAUGACCUACAUAUAUUGUUUAUCUGUCCAUGUCUGACUAGCUUUUUGGUUAACAAAAUGUUAUUACCUCGAAGAAUGUUUGAUUUAACAGUGGGGAUUAUUUAACUUUGUGUAGAUUGGUGUCUGUGGUUGAUCCUGUUCUAUUUGUGAGUUGUCGUUAGGAUCUUAUAACUAGCUCGUCUUGGAAGUUGUUAGUGUGUGUUUGGUUGUUUGAGUUUUUAAUGAAAGUCAAAUAACUACAGUGAGGGGAAAAAGUAUUUGAUCCCCUGCUGAUUUAGUACGUUUGCUGAUCAGUCUAUAAUUUUAAUGGUAGGUUUAUUUGAACAGUGAGAGACAGAAUAACAACAACAAAAUCCAGAAAAACGCAUGUCAAAAAUGUUAUAAAUUGAUUUGCAUUUUAAUGAGGGGAAUAAGUAUUUGACCCCCUCUCAAUCAGAAAGAUUUCUGGCUCCCAGGUGUCUUUUAUACAGGUAACGAGCUGAGAUUAGGAGCACACUCUUAAGAGCGUCUGCUAAAUGACGUAAAUGUAAAUGUAAAUGUAAAGGGAGUGCUCCUAAUCUCAGUUUGUUACAGUGAGGGAAAAAAGUAUUUGAUCCCCUGCUGAUUUUGUACGUUUGUCCACUGACAAAGACCUGAUCAGUCUAUAAUUUUAAUGGUAGGUUUAUUUGAACAGGGAGUGACAGAAUAACAACAAUUUAAUCCAGAAAGACGCAUGUCAAAAAUGUUAUGAAUUGAUUUGCAUUUUAAUGAGGGAAAUAAGUAUUUGACCCCUCUGCAAAACACGACUUACUACUUGGUGGCAAAACCUUUGUUGGCAAUCACAGAGGUCAGACGUUUCUUGUAGUUGGCCACCAGGUUUGCACACAUCUCAGGAGGGAUUUUGUCCCACUCCUCUUUGCAGAUCUUCUCCAAGUCAUUAGGGUUUCGAGCCUGACGUUUGGUAACUCGAACCUUCAGCUCCCUCCACAGAUUUUCUAUGGGAUUAAGGUCUGGAGACUGGCUAGGCCACUCCAGGACCUUAAUAUGCUUCUUCUUGAGCCACUCCUUUGUUGCCUUGGCCGUGUGUUUUGGGUCAUUGUCAUGCUGGAAUACCCAUCCACGACCCAUUUUCAAUGCCCUGGCUGAGGGAAGGAGGUUCUCACCCAAGAUUUGACGGUACAUGGCCCCGUCCAUCGUCCCUUUGAUGCGGUGAAGUUGUCCUGUCCCCUUAGCAGAAAAACACCCCCAAAGCAUAAUGUUUCCACCUUUCUUGUGUAGGUCUACAAUCUUGUCCCUGACAUCCUUGGAGAGCUCUUUGUCUUGGCCAUGGUGGAGAGUUUGGAAUCUGAUUGAUUGAUUGCUUCUGUGGACAGGUGUCUUUUAUACAGGUACAGUGAGGGAAAAAAAGUAUUUGAUCCCCUGCUGAUUUUGUACGUUUGCCCACUGACAAAGAAAGAUCAGUCUAUAAUUUUAAUGUUAGGUUAAUUUGAACAGUGAGAGACAGAAUAACAACAACAAAAUCCAGAAAAACGCAUGUCAAAAAUGUUAUAAAUUGAUUUGCAUUUUAAUGAGGGAAAUAAGUAUUUGACCCCCCUCUCAAUCAGAAAGAUUUCUGGCUCCCAGGUGUCUUUUAUACAGGUAACGAGCUGAGAUUAGGAGCACACUCUUAAAGGGAGUGCUCCUAAUCUCAGUUUGUUACCUGUAUAAAAGACACCUGUCCACAGAAGCAAUCAAUCAAUCAGUUUCCAAACUCUCCACCAUGGCCAAGACCAAAGAGCUCUCCAAGGAUGUCAGGGACAAGAUUGUAGACCUACACAAGGCUGGAAUCGGAUACAAGACCAUCGCCAAGCAGCUUAGUGAAAAGGGGACAACAGAAGAAACCCAAAAGAACUGUCAAUCUCCCUGGGCCUGGGGCUCCAUGCAAGAUGUUUUGUAUUUUUAUUUAACCUUUAUUUAACCAGGUAAGCCAGUUGAGAACAAGUUCUCAUUUACAACUGCGACCUGGCCAAGAUAAAGCAAAGCAGUGCGAUAAAAACAACAACACAGAGUUACAUAUGGGGUAAACAAAACAUAAAGUCAAAAAUACAACAGAAAAUAUAUACAGGUAAAAGUCAGUAAAUUAGAAUAUUUUGAAAAACUUGAUUUAUUUCAGUAAUUGCAUUCAAAAGGUGUAACUUGUACAUUAUAUUUAUUCAUUGCACACAGACUGAUGCAUUCAAAUGUUUAUUUCAUUUAAUUUUGAUGAUUUGAAGUGGCAACAAAUGAAAAUCCAAAAUUCCGUGUGUCACAAAAUUAGAAUAUUACUUAAGGCUAAUACAAAAAAGGGAUUUUUUAGAAAUGUUGGCCAACUGAAAAGUAUGAAAAUGAAAAAUAUGAGCAUGUACAAUACUCAAUACUUGGUUGGAGCUCCUUUUGCCUCAAUUACUGCAUUAAUGCGGCGUGGCAUGGAGUCGAUGAGUUUCUGGCACUGCUCAGGUGUUAUGAGAGCCCAGGUUGCUCUGAUAGUGGCCUUCAACUCUUCUGCGUUGUUGGGUCUGGCAUUCUGCAUCUUCCUUUUCACAAUACCCCACAGAUUUUCUAUGGGGCUAAGGUCAGGGGAGUUGGCUGGCCAAUUUAGAACAUAAAUACCAUGGUCCGUAAACCAGGCACGGGUAGAUUUUGCGCUGUGUGCAGGCGCCAAGUCCUGUUGGAACCUGAAAUCUCCAUCUCCAUAGAGCAGGUCAGCAGCAGGAAGCAUGAAGUGCUCUAAAACUUGCUGGUAGACGGCUGCGUUGACCCUUGAUCUCAGGAAACAGAGUGGACCGACACCAGCAGAUGACAUGGCACCCCAAACCAUCACUGAUGGUGGAAACUUUACACUAGACUUCAGGCAACGUGGAUCCUGUGCCUCUCCUGUCUUCCUCCAGACUCUGGGACCUCGAUUUCCAAAGGAAAUGCAAAAUUUGCUUUCGUCAGAAAACAUGACUUUAGACCACUCAGCAGCAGUCCAGCUCUUUUUUUCCUUAGCCCAGGUGAGACGCUUUUCGCGCUGUUUCUUGGUCAACAGUGGCUUGACACGAGGUAUGCGGCAGUUGAAACCCAUGUCUUUCAAGCGUCUCUUGGUGGUGGAUCUUGAAGCCCUGACUCCAGCAGCUGUCCACUCCUUGUGAAUCUCCCCCACAUUUUUCAAUGGUUUUUUUUUCACAAUCUUGACUAGGGCGCGGUGAUCCCUAUCGCUUGUACACUUUUUCUGACCACAGUUUUUCCUUCCCUUUGCCUCUCUAUUAAUGUGUUUGGACACAGAGCUCUGAGAACAGCCAGCCUCUUCUGCAAUAACCUUUUGUGUCUUUCCCUCCUUGUGCAAUGUGUCGAUGGUCGCCUUUUGGACAGCUGUCAAAUCUGAAGUCUUCCCCAUGUUUGUGUAGGCUUCAGAACUGGACUGAGAGACCAUUUAAAGCCCUUUGCAGGUGUUUUGAGUUAAUCAGCUGAUUAUUUUGUGGCACCAGGUGCCUUCAAAAUGUAACCCUUACACAAUAUUCUAAUUUUGUGACGCACGGAAUUUUGGAUUUUCAUUUGUUGCCACUUCAAAUCAUCAAAAUUAAAUGAAAUAAACAUUUGAAUGCAUCAGUCUGUGUGCAAUGAAUAAAUAUAAUGUACAAGUUACACCUUUUGAAUGCAAUUACUGAAAUAAAUCAAGUUUUUCAAAAUAUUCUAAUUUACUGACUUUUACCUGUAUAUACAGUGUGUGCGAAUGUAGUAAGUUAUGGAGGUAAGGCAAUAAAUAGGCCAUAGUGCAAAAUAGUUAGAAUUUCGUUCCACAUUGGGUGAGGCGGGUUGCAGGAAAGUAUAUUUAGUUAAAGGAUGGAAAGUGAUAUUGAGAAAUAUAUACGAAAAAGACAAAAAAACUAAAAACUGGUUAUUUGCAUGAGGACACUACAAAAUACACGACCGCACUGCUAUGCCAUCUUCGAAUUCGUGGAGUUGAAAUGAUCUUUGAGAACGGUGAGGAAUCAGCCCAGAACUACAUGGGAGGAUCUUGUCAAUGAUCUCAAGGCAGCUGGGACCAUAGUCACCAAGAAAACAAUUGGUAACACACUACGCCGUGAAGGACUGAAAUCCUGCAGCGCCCGCAAGGUCCCCCUGCUCAAGAAAGCACAUAUACAGGCCCGUCUGAAGUUUGCCAAUGAACAUCUGAAUGAUUCAGAGGAGAACUGGGUGAAAGUGUUGUGGUCAGAUGAGACCAAAAUGGAGCUCUUUGGCAUCAACUCGCAUGUUUGGAGGAGGAGGAAUGGUGCCUAUGACCCCAAGAACACCAUCCCCACCGUCAAACAUGGAGGUGGAAACAUUAUGCUUUGGGGGUGUUUUUCUGCUAAGGGGACAGGACAACUUCACCGCAUCAAAGGGACGAUGGAAGGGGCCAUGUACCGUCAAAUCUUGGGUGAGAACCUCCUUCCCUCAGCCAGGGCAUUGAUAAUGGGUCGUGGAUGGGUAUUCCAGCAUGACAUUGACCCAAAACACACAGCCAAGGCAACAAAGGAGUGGCUCAAGAAGUAGCACAUUAAGGUCCUGGAGUGGCCUAGCCAGUCUCCAGACCUUAAUCCCAUAGGAAAUCUGUGGAGGGAGCUGAAGGUUAGAGUUGCCAAACGUCAGCCUCGAAACCUUAAUGACUUGGAGAAGAUCUGCAAAGAGGAGUGGAACAAAAUCCCUCCUGAGAUGUGUACAAACCUGGUGGCCAACUGCAAGAAACGUCUGACCUCUGUGAUUGCCAACAAGGGUUUUGCCACCAAGUACUAGGUCAUGUUUUGCAGAGGGGUCAAAUACUUACUUCCCUCAUUAAAAUGCAAAUCAAUUUAUAACAUUUUUUACAUGCGUUUUUCUUGAUUUUUUUGUUGUUGUUAUUCUGUCUCUCACUGUUCAAAUAAACCUACCAUUAAAAUUAUAGACUGAUCAUGUCUUUGUCAGUGGGCAAACGUACAAAAUCAGCAGGGGAUCAAAUACUUUUUUCCCUCACUGUAAAUGAAGGGGAAAGUGGCCAUCUAUAGCCGAUAGAGAAAGUUCCUCAACUGUUAUAGGAGAAAGCUGGAUGUAUUUUAGUUAGUAGUCAGUUAUAACCAUUCUACUUUUAAGUAAAGGGUUGUGUCAUGCGAUAACUGCUCCACUUUUAUAGUAAUGGCUAUGUCACAUAAUAUCCAUUCCCCUGUAAUGGGUUGUGUCACGUCAUAACUAUUCCCCUUUAAUAUAAUGGGUUGUGUAACAUCAUACAUAUUCCUCUGUAAUGUCUUGUCACAUUUAACAAUUUCCCUUUAAAGUAAAGGGCUGUGUCACGUCAUAACCCUUCCCCUUUAAAGUAAAGGGCUGUGUCACGUCAUAACCCUUCCACUUUAAAGUAAUGGGUUUUGUCACGUCAUAACCCUUCCCCUUUAAAGUAAUGGGUUUUGUCACGUCAUAACCCUUCCUCUUUAAAGUAAUGGGUUUUGUCACGUCAUAACCCUUCCACUUUAAAGUAAUGGGUUUUGUCACGUCAUAACCCAUUACUUUAAAGUGGAAGGGUUAUGAAGUGACAAAACCCAUUACUUUAAAGGGGAAUGGUUAUGACGUGACAAAACCCAUUACUUUAAAGUGGAAGGGUUUUGUCACGUCAUAACCCUUCCCCUUUAAAGUAAUGGGUUUUGUCACUUCAUAACCCUUCCACUUUAAAGUAAUGGGUUUUGUCACGUCAUAACCCUUCCACUUUAAAGUAAUGGGUUUUGUCACGUCAUAACCCUUCCACUUUAAAGCAAUGGGUUUUGUCACGUCAUAACCCUUCCACUUUAAAGUAAUGGGUUUUGUCACGUCAUAGCCAUUCCACUUUAAAGUAAUGGGUUUUGUCACGUCAUAACCCUUCCACUUUAAAGCAAUGGGUUUUGUCACGUCAUAACCCUUCCACUUUAAAGUAAUGGGUUUUGUCACGUCAUAACCCUUCCUCUGCCAUGCCCACUUUAAAGUAAUGGGUUUUGUCACGUCAUAACCCUUCCACUUUAAAGCAAUGGGUUUUGUCACGUCAUAGCCAUUCCACUUUAAAGUAAUGGGUUUUGUCACGUCAUAACCCUUCCACUUUAAAGCAAUGGGUUUUGUCACGUCAUAACCCUUCCACUUUAAAGUAAUGGGUUUUGUCACGUCAUAACCCUUCCACUUUAAAGUAAUGGGUUUUGUCACGUCAUAGCCAUUCCCGUCUGACUCUAUUUGCAGGGGGUGAUGGAGGAGGCUGAACUCUUAAAUGGAGAUGAUGCCUAUAAUGCACACUUCGGC